GUCGUGUGCAGAUCGAGGAAGGAGCAUCACUCCGUAUCGAUCUCCUACGUGCUGAGGACCAAGGCUGGUAUGAGUGCCGUGUGCUCUUCCUCGACCGGCACAGCACCGACGCCGACUUCCAGAACGGUACCUGGAUCCACCUCACCGUUAACGCACCCCCCACCUUCCUGGAGACCCCCCCUGCAUUCGUGGAGGUACGAGACCAAGACACGCUGAGUCUUACUUGUACGGCUGUUGGCAACCCCCAGCCUGUUGUCAUCUGGAAGAGGAGUGACCUGGCUGUCCCAAGUGGGGACACAGUGCAGGUGAGGAAUGGGACACUGAGCAUCGCUGUAGUGGAACGUGCCAGCGCAGGCACCUACACCUGCCACGCAUCCAGCAAGGAGGGCACCAUCACCCACACCACCCGUGUGCUCGUGCAGGGGCCACCCAUCAUUGUGGUGCCACCUCAGAACAUCACUGUCAACAUCUCCCAAGAUGCCUUUCUGGCAUGCCAGGCUGAGGCUUACCCAGGAAACCUCACCUACACCUGGUUCCAGGGCAGCAGCAAUGUCUUCCACCUCAGUGGUCUCCAGGCUCGGGUCCGCAUCCUGGUAGACGGGAGCCUCUUGCUCCAGCAAACGACCCCGGAUGAUGCUGGCAAAUACACUUGUGUCCCCAGCAAUGGGCUGUGGAAGCCACCUUCUGCCUCAGCUUUCAUCACAGUGCUGUAUCCAGCACAGGUGACCACCAUGCUCCCAGAGACCCACCUACCCAAGGGGAUGCAGGGUGUGAUCCGCUGCCCUACCAGAGCCAACCCCCCUCUGCUCUCCGUCACCUGGACAAGGGAUGGGCAACCACUGGAGCUGGACAAGCUCCCUGGCUGGUCCAUGAGACCAGAUGGCUCCAUCGUCAUUGCGACGGGGAACGACGACGCGCUGGGGGUGUACACGUGUACCCCCUACAACAGCUACGGCACCGCCGGCGAGUCCCAGCCCACACGUGUCCUGCUCAAGGACCCCCCUGCCUUCACGGUGCGCCCCAAAGAGGAAUACUUCCAGGAGGUGGGUCGGGAGCUGGUCAUCCCCUGUGCAGCCCGUGGAGAUCCCACUCCAACUGUCACCUGGCUGAAGGUGGGUAGCACUGGGAAGAGCAGUGCCCAGGUGGAUGGGAAUGGCAGCCUCAUCUUCCACCCACUUGUCAAGGAGCAACACGGGGUCUGGGAGUGCACAGCUACCAACCAGGUGGCCAGUGUCAGCACCACCACCUCUGUCCAUGUGCUGGGUACCAGUCCUCAUGCUGUCACCAACGUCUCUGUGCUUCCACUCCUGCUGGCAGCCAACAUCUCCUGGGAGCCAGGGUUUGAUGGGGGCUUUUUCCAGAGGUUCAGCGUCUGGUACACACCACUGGUGAAGCAUCCACCCCGAGUCCAUCGUGACUGGGUGUCACUCUCUGUGCCAGUGGGGGCUCAACAUCUCUUGGUGGACAAUCUGCAGCCAGAUGUGAGCUACCAGUUCAGCGUCCUGGCCCAGAACAAACUGGGCAGUGGCCCCUUCAGCCAGAUUGUCACCUCUGUCCCCAAGGGCUUCCCAGUGACCACAGUGCCUCCAGAGCCACCAGCCAUGACCAUGAGCAUCUUCCUGUCCCCGCCACAGGCUCUGACCGCCAACGAGACUGUGCGUGGGGUCCUGCUGCAGUGGGAGCCCCCAGCUCAGUUCUCAGUGGCACUGAGUGGCUACGGGCUGGAGCUACGACAGGACAAGGGCAGUUGGGAGGUGCUGGAUCGUUCCAUCCCCAGCACGAAGACCCAGGUCCUGGUGCCUGGACUCAUCAAGGACGCCUUCUAUGAGUUCCGACUGGUGGCCUUUGCUGGCAGCUACAUCAGUGAUCCCAGCAAUACAGUGAAUGUCUCCACAGCAGGCAUGGAGGUGUAUCCAUCUCGUACCCAACUGCCAGAGCUUCUGCCACAACCAGUGCUGGCUGGAGUCAUUGGGGGGAUCUGCUUCCUGAGCGUGGCUGUCAUCUUCAGCACCAUGGCUGCCUGCAUCAUGAACCGCCGGCGUGCCGCCCGCAUCCAGAAGCGAAGGCAAGAUCCACCACUCGUCUUCUCCCCCAGCAAGAAGCUUCUUCCUCCACA